CGCUGCGGCUCCCGGUGGGUGGGUGGCUCGUUGUUGGGCGCACCAGGUGCACGUGGGGGGGCAGCCGGGGGCGUGACUCGAGCCAGGGGCCUUAGACGCUGGAAAGGGGACAUCGCAAGACAGCAGCUGUUGGGAGGACGGAAGGAGAGCUCACCCCGGCUCCAAGCCGGCACCCCCUCCCCGCCCCCAUGGGGACCACUGAGGCCACGCUGCGGAUGGAAAACGUGGACGUGAAGGAGGAAUGGCAGGACGAGGAUCUUCCCAGGCCGCUCCCAGAGGAGACGGGGAUGGAAUUGCUCGGCAGCCCGGCGGGAGACACGUCCUCCCCUCCCAACACGCUGAAUUUUGGUGGAACGCACCGCAAGAGGAAGACACUGGUGGCCCCGGACAUCAACAUCUCCCUGGAUCAGAGCGAGGGCUCUCUGCUGUCUGACGACUUCUUGGACACCCCUGACGACCUGGACAUCAACGUGGACGACAUCGAGACCCCGGACGAGACCGACUCGCUGGAGUUCCUGGGGAAUGGGAACGAGCUGGAGUGGGAAGAUGACACCCCCGUGGCCACCGCCAAGAACAUGCCCGGGGACAGCGCGGAUCUGUUUGGGGACGGCGCGGCGGAGGACGGCAGCGCCGCCAACGGGCGCCUGUGGCGCACGGUGAUCAUCGGGGAGCAGGAGCACCGCAUCGACCUGCACAUGAUCCGGCCCUACAUGAAGGUGGUCACCCACGGAGGGUACUACGGCGAAGGCCUCAACGCCAUCAUCGUCUUCGCCGCCUGCUUCCUCCCGGACAGCAGCUCCCCGGACUACCACUACAUCAUGGAGAACCUCUUCCUGUACGUCAUCAGCAGCCUCGAGCUGCUGGUGGCCGAGGACUACAUGAUCGUGUACCUGAACGGCGCCACGCCGCGGCGCAGGAUGCCCGGCAUCGGCUGGCUGAAGAAAUGCUACCAGAUGAUCGACCGGAGACUGCGGAAAAACCUGAAGUCCCUGAUCAUCGUGCACCCGUCGUGGUUCAUCCGGACCGUGCUGGCCAUCUCCCGCCCCUUCAUCAGCGUCAAGUUCAUCAGCAAGAUCCAGUACGUGCACAGCCUGGAAGACCUGGGGCAGCUCAUCCCCAUGGACCACGUGCAGAUCCCGGACUGCGUCCUGCAGUAUGAGGAGGAAAGGCUUAAGGCCAGGAGAGAGAGCGCGAGGCCCCCGCCGGAGUUCGUCCUGCCCAGGUCCGAAGAGAAGCCGGAGGUGGGGCCGGUGGAGGACAGAUCUGCUCUCGUCACAGAAGAUCAGGAAACAAGCAUGUCCUGAGGUGACCAGAGCACAGAGAAGGACACGCAAGAGGACUCCAGAUGCCAAGAAACCUCUCUGAUGCCCUCUGGCCCCGGACCUCAUCCCUCCUCGCCUCGACUCCCCGCCCCCCGAGGGCUCCAGUCCCCUCCACUCAUCUCUGAAACCCAGUGUCCUUUUUAGCUGCUUGAAAACAUUUUUUUAAAAAAAAGAAAAGCGAUGCAGUAUCCGUGCGUCCCAGACGAGGGCCGGGGUCCGAGCCCUCCGCCUUCUGCGCUCGCGAGCCCCCAGCACGGGACAGUGAGACGCCCAGGGCGUGGCCCACAGGGCCCCGGUGACCUCUGCUCCUGCCCCCAACCCUGUGACCUCGGACACUCCACGUGCUGCCCCUGCCAGCGCCGGGCACGAAGUUCAAGUCCAUCCUCCUGCUUGUGACCCGUCACCUGUCCCAGGUUGGAGCCACAGACGCCCCCCAGCCCCGCACUCCGGCUGGGUCUGCAUUUGUUCCUGUGCCUUUGCCUUCCGGAACGCGGCCCCCGUCCCCACCCCCGGGCCUGGAAGCUCAGCCCCCUCCCGCCCUCCUCGCCGAGCCGCGUCCAGGGCCACCGCCCAGCCACCAGCCUCUGUCCAAAAUGCACACGCGUGGUUCUGCGUUUGACCCACCCCCUUCGCCUCUUUGGGAGCCUCGGAGGCCACAGCACAAGUGAGAUCUGCUGCUGGUUGUUCUUGCGACACUGCAGCAAUCUAGAACAUUCUCGAGCCCCUUUAACUCGGAUGCCACGCCACAGGGCGAUCCCCACCAAUACCUCCAACCCAGCGAAGGAGCCGUGCCCACCUCACCGCGGGGGCUCGGAAGGCGGCUCCGAAUAGCCUGGCCCAGAAACAGGAAGAUACAGGGCAUCGGACGCUCGAGUGUGUUGAAAGUCACUUGGGAAAAUAAAUCCCAGUGAGGGACUGGCCGAGGCCACGCUCGUUCGAAGCCUGGAGCAGGGGGCCCUCGUUCAGAAGGAAGAUCUACCCCGGGAGGAAAGACGGACUUUUCUAAUGUGGUCCAAACACCAGUCACCCGGUCAGGUGGCCUCUAGAAGCAGUGAGCUCCCCGUCUCUGGGGGCAUUCAAGAAAAGGCUGGACAGUGUUUGCAGAAAGUGGUGCGUGAGGUCCCCUCCAAUCCUAAGUGUUUCUUUGUCUGUGAACCUGAGCAAAACUGGCGCGGGCACGUUCCCCGGACCCCUCUUUCUGGCUUUGCAGUUCACUUCUCACCACGCGUCACCAUGCGUCACCACCUCGCGUCACCGGGGCUCACGGCCUCAGGGGAAAUGUCGAGUGUUUCUUGACCUGGGACGGCCAGGAGGCGCCUGUCGGGUUAUCCCAGGACCGGAGGGCAGCUGGUGGCGUUCAGUGCUGAGGGCCGGGAUGCAGGACGACUUGCCACGUGUGACGGGGAACUGGACGUCCCACCCCGAAACCGGCGGCGCCCGCCCUGAGCGAGGCCGCUUCCCAGCCGGCAGGGGGCCCGCGAGCCCCACCUGGGAGCUGCUGGCCGUGCCGGGGACAUCUCUGGCCCCGUCGCCGUCCUGCUGAGCUGGGACAUUUGGGGGUCUGGUGGGCUUUUAUGUUUGUGCUUCCCAAGUGUCAAAUAAAGGACAAAGGCAGGGUGGUGUCUGGGGGUCGGGUGUGUCACCUGGAGACUGAGGCGCAGAGGCGGGGGGAGGGCCUCUCCCGGCUGCCCACGGCAACAGGUGCUCUGAGGACCCCGUGGCUGCCCCGCCACCUAGGCGGGCACGUGGCCCAGAAGUCCCCAAACUCCCACCCCAGGGAAUGGCGUCUCCGCCGCAGCCAACGCAAGACGACAGGCACCGUCCGAGCGCUCCGAGCUGGCAGCUUCCGGCAGAUGCCGGCCAGGCCCGGCAGACGGACGGUCUGUCCCUGCCCCGUGACCAAAGGGCCGUCACCCCAGCAUGAGCCUCUCUCCCCCGAGCAGUGACAGUGACCCCCGAGCCUCGGUCGUCCUUGAGGACUGGGGCCUCCUCCCCCAAGUCGAACGAAGGAGCCAGCGAUCGCAAGGUCUGUCCUACCGCGCAGACCGUGAGUUACUGGGUGCCUACGGCGGCACGACAAGUAAGGUCUUCCUACCCUCUCCAGCGGUGACGCCGGGACCCCCCACCACCCCUCGGACCACCAGCGCAGCCCGGACCUCGGCAUGCAGGACCCCGAAGCGGCCGCAGCGGCCCGAGCAGAGAGAGGCCCCCGGGGAGGCCACACGUCCACACCUCUGGGCUGGCCACCUGUCGCCGGUGGGGACAGCUCCGUUCCAAGGGGGCCACCGUCCCCAAGCGGGCCGCUCCCACCCCAACCAAAGGCCGGCUUUGCGGCAGAUUUCUGUCUGGGGGCGGGAGGAACAGUUUUGGACAAAAUGCAACCGACCCCGAGCCGUCGUCGUACAGGGACGUUCGGUUUCUCUCUGGUGACACUGGGACGCGGCAGGAACCCCCCCCCAAGUCGUAGUGCGUGCGCCCAUCCCCCGUCCUGCGGUGAGUUCUGCGGUUUUUCAAAACCAGGAGCGACCGUGAUGGUCUGACUGUCGUGACGUGAAGACGCCAUCUCCGUGGGCUUGGGGGAUUUUUAUGUGAAAUAAAUAAGCUGUCUGAGCGGC